UAGCGUUCCCGAGGCUGCGUCCAUGCGGCUCGAUCCGGCCCAAUUCACGGGACCAUCUACGUCGUACCAUUGGAACAACGCUGCUAUCCACCGUUCGUCCCCGAGAUUGUUGCCUUUCCAUCGUCUCCUACGCCAGGACUAUACCACACCGGGAAUAUCUUUCUUUCGUUUCCGAGCCUCGUCGGCCCCGAGGUUCGCCCGUGGUUCCGAGAUUCUCCAGCGGGAACGAGAUCCCGCCGAUGUUAUCGCGAACGGUAGCGCCUAUCACCGUCGAUUUUCCUCGUCGGUUCAUCGUUGCUCGGUCGAGCACGGGGACGGAUCCGAAACCAGAAACGCCACUGCCUUUCGUGUCUCUUACGACUCGGUUUACCGCAGCGGAGUGCGCGCGCGCAUUCGAACGAAUAUUUUGCAGAAAAAAAGCGGUGAAUGUCGUGUACAGCGAGGGAACGAUCGAUUCAACGUCGAAAACGAGGAAAAGGAAGGUGACGAUGGUGGCGGCGGUAACGACGACGACGACGACGACGGCGACGAAGACGAAGACGAGAAUGGGAGAAGCAUCGAGUAUUACACCGACGAUCUUAUUUUAUCGACGUCCCAAGAAUCGAGGUCACGAUCUUGUUACAACGGGAGCAGGAAACCGAGAACGAGGUGGAAGAACGAUGAUCGGGAUCGCGCGAAUCCGUUCGAGGAAUCCGUCAAUUUCUCUCGAAUCUGUAUCGCGAAUGUCACGAACGUUCCUUCAGUCGAUGCAUUUUCUUACACUGCCUACAAUGACGAGAACGAUAUCGAGAGCUGUCGCGAUGACAAGGACGAGUCGCGUGCCGCGUCAUCCUCCGAGGCCGGGGACGUUCGUUUCGGGGAGGAUGAGCGCAGAGACGAAGAAAAUGAAGAAGAAGAAGAAGAAGAAGAAGAAGAAGAAGAGGAGGAGACCAAGUUUCGCCGGAUCACGCGGAACCGACGAAGUACGUACGAGGCGAGCCAAGUGGUGGAGAGUAUUUGUGGGGAGGAGGGAGGAGAACGUUAUCGAAAAUUUCGAGAUCGCGGUGAGCUGAAUUGCUGGGGAGGGAGAGGUAGUCGUACGCGCGUUAAGGUGCGCGCCGCGAGUGUAAACGGCGGGAAACGCGAGAGCCACUACACUGCCCGGUUCCAACGGAACCCGAUCACCAACGGAAGUGGCGAGAACGUGACGAAACUCUCGACGAACGGACCAACGACAACAAAGGUAUCGAGCAACAACAACAACAACAACAACAACAACAAUAAUUGGUGCGGCCGAAAGUACGGAUUGCUGUUCAUCUUGUAUCUAUUGGCUUGCCCGGUGGUGUGUUCCACGAAUCCCUCCGGACAGUUUAUCCCCGAUUUCACCCAUAAUCCAUCCCUCGUACAAAACCUUCCCCGGCACAACGCCACCCAAAUUUCGUCCCUGUUGUUAUCCUCGAGUGUCGCCGCGCACCAACGUCAACAACAGCACCAGCAACAACAGCAGCAACAACAACAACACCAGCAAUACCUGCAACAGAAGCAACAUUAUCGGCAGAUGGACGAAGGGAAGAUGGAGCAGGGAACGCGUGAACAGUUGGUUCGUGACGUCGAGCAGUACGGUGGUAAGGACGGUGGUAACGGGCAUCAUCGUCGCCGACACGAGGAACAACAGCAGGGGCAGCAACAGCAGGACGAUCAGGCUCGCGAGCAACGGGAGGUGGAGGGAUCGGCGUACAGGGAUCGCGAGGCUUCCCUUUUCGAAACCGAAUCGACGCAUCCUUACAACGAAUACAGCUGGAAGGUGAACCAAAUAAAUCCUUGGUUGUCGGCCUGCGACCUGGCCGGCCCAGCGCCGGCCGAUCUUCAGGCUAGCUGCGAUCCACCGGAGGUGCCGAAGAAUUGCCCGCUCCCCUGCGUGGCGAGCACGCAGGGGGGGAAAGGGGGCGAUGCCGAGUUCCUCGAGGUGAUGAAGAAGGUGAAGGUCAGCGGGAAUUGUUAUUGGUCGAACGGUGAGAAGAAGGCGGUUGAGUCGGCACGGUUCGGUUCGAGUUCGAUAAAGUCUUUUGGGGCGGAGGGAAGCGGCGAGGGCGCGAGUGAGAGGAAGGGAAGAGGCGAUGGUGGAGAAAAUGGCGAGGGCGUGCGAAUGGUUCCGGAACAGUGCCUUUUUUAUCUCGAGGAGUCGCAUAAGAGGAACAUCUGUCGGGAUGAUUUUGGCCGGGCCAGUACUUUAACCCCAAGGGAGAAUCGAUAUUGGUUCAUGAGCGGGCUGCGUCUGCGGCACUGCUGCGAUCACGCGGUGGUCAACGCCCUGGCACCUGGCAAGGGUGGUCCGCUCGAGAAUGUGCUAAACGGUGGCCAGAAGUGCGCCGAUGCCCUGGACAAGCUGUUGCACGUCGAUACGUUAGCCGCAAAAUUGCAUUGUGGGUUCGAGGAAGUGGUCGCGCGAUACGACUGUGCACAGCCCUAUUCCGUCAUCUUCAACUGCACCCACUGCAAGGAAGCGUAUAGAAAAUGGGUGUGCAGCUCCCUGGUGCCUUACUUUGCUCAUGGGGAACCGCAGGACUUGAACAGCUCCAACAGCUGGGCCGGAAGCAGACUCAGGCCCUGCCGAUCCUUUUGCCAAUCCGUGGAGCAACGUUGCCCUUACUUACUCCCGGGCGACCGUGCCCCCUCCUACCCCACGCAAUACGCCGGUGAACCCACUUUCCUUUGCAGAGAUCCAAAUAUACCCGAGACCGGAGAGCAGGCCGCAAGAGCGUUGCACAGCAACGAGGAAAACGAGUGUUGCUUCCAUGCGUGUUCCGAGGAGUUGGCCGGAUCGGGUAUCUGCGCGAAUUGCACGAAUCAGGUACUAAGGAGGCGCGGGAAGAAUUACGAUCCUCCAACGGCUCCCUAUUGCGAGGUUAAUUGCACUCAACCGGCUUCCACGGGUGGAGGAUAUCAAGACACGGGAUCCACGGAUAGCGGUGCGAAGGAAGAAGAGAGAUGCCCGUCGAUGAAUCCUGUGUCUGUGACGAAUACGGUGCGGCUGAAGGGGACGUUGGUGUGCGGAACUGGGGGUGGCGUCGACUCGAUCGCAAGCGUUUCCUCUUCCAAUCGAUCGGCGGCCUCGAUCCUCCCGCAACUCUUUUGGCUAUGCUCGAUCUUGACCAGUAUCCUUGGCAACGUUCGAACGAUUCCCGUCCUCUGGAUCUCGAAGAUCUUUCUUUGGUCGAUCAUGCCCCUCGCUGGUAUUCGUGGUGACGAUUGUGACGGUGGUGAUGAUAGUGGUGGUGGUGGUGGUGGUGGUGGUGAUGGUGAUCGUGGACUCGAUGGUGGAUCGAACAAGAAUAGGAGCGAACUGGUAAACUUACUCGCCUGGCUGCGCCGUUGUUUUCGCAGAGUGGACUACUACUACUACGCGAGCGUGCCACGUUACAUCGCGAACUGGUUGUACGGGAAGUGCGUGGUUGUGGAGCACAGGCGUCGAAGUUGGUGGUGUUGCUGCUGGUACUGGUGGUGGUGGAGGUGGUGGCGAAAAAUAUUCGGCCGCGCUCGAUGGAAAUGUCGACGAGCUCGGCAUCGAUCGCGCGAAAAUAUUCGUUACGGUCAAUUCGCCGGUACGCGUCCCCCUCCCCCUAUUACUCUCUCUACCGCAUCGACUCGUGUCAUUGCACCGGCCACAGCGACCGCCAUCGCCACCAGCACCGCCACAACCACCGCCACAACCACCGCCAUCACCACCUCUGCCAUCACCGCCACCGCCCUCGCGGGGUGGCACGAGUCUUUUCCCCACUCGGUAAAAAUGUAUCGCGAUUCAUACCACGACCGUUCGUCGAUAUGGAUACGGCAACGUUGGCCGCCCGAUUUCCUCGUUGACUCGUUUACGGUUAAGUGUCCAUGGCGGCGAUGGAGUUGGUGGUGGUGGUGGUUGUAUCGAUGGUGGCGACGAACACGAGGCACGCGCCGCUGCCAAGCCGGGACGUCGCACGAGAAAAAGAAUCGUCCUCGCGUCCCUCUUCGACGCGAUCGAGGCGUUCGAGCAUCCGAUCGAAGGAGGAGGAGAAGAAGAAGAAAAAGAAGAAGAAGAAGAAGAAGAAGUAGGAGAAGAAGAGGGAGAAGAGAGGGAGGGAUAAGGGUUUUGAAUAAAGUUUUCGAAGAGGACGUUCGAUCUUCUCCGACUAGACGGCGAUAUUUUAAACUAUCCUCGAGGAAAGAUCCGCCAUAGAACAAUUCGAGGAAGACGCGAAAGCGUGAAAUACAGGUUUUUUUCUAUCCGUAACCAGAGCUCUCAGAGUCGAAAAGGACUUUGGCCGUACCUUUUUCGAUUGUGAACUCCACGAGAUCUCAAGGUCUUGGAGCGAGGCAAAACGCGAAGAGACUAGCAUCCGAGAAGGGGCACGUACGAGGCUUGAGAAAAGAAAUUGAGGAAAAGAGUUAGAGGGGCGUUCGUUAAGUAGGGAGAAGAAAGCGAAAAAUAUUCGAAGAGACGGUGAAAAAGUACGUACGUACGGAGGAAAAAUCGAAAUACGAUAACGAAACGUGGUUAAAAGAAAAAUGAGAUGUAUUGAAAAUUGUGCAAUAUGCAACGUGACGUAAUUUUGGCGGGAGGGGGGAGGGGAGAGAGGAAAUGAACGCGUAAAGAAGCGACGAAAAGAAAAGAGAGGGAAGCACGGGGAUGAGACGUUUGAACGUUGAAAAAAAAAAAAAAGAAAGAGACACGUCGAUAUUUUAAAGUUCGGACGUGAAGACAAAUGGACGUGAAACAAAACGAAGAAAUCGUAAUGUCUGUCGCUAAUAAAUAAUGAUGGUAACAAUAAAAAAAAACGCGAUCGAUUGAAAUGUAAAUAACGACGACGACGACGACGACGACGAUGAUAACGACGACGAUGACGAAUGACGGUGACGAUGACGAC